UUCAUCUUUCUCAUCCUCAUUCACAGACAUCACUUUCACAGCGAGUCUGUACAUCCUUCUUCUUCAUAUACUUUUCUCUCUUUUUUAUUAUUACUGUGUGGUGAUAGACAGCAGCUGUAAGGAAAGAGAGCUGAUCAAACUUCAUUCAAACAGUACCACUGCUGGACAAGAUUCGAGUCUAUCAGUACAAACAUUCCUUUAUCAGUAAUCAUCGGAAGGGGAGGUUGACUAUUGUAGAAAAAAAAAACUAAAAAGACACCAAAUUAUGCUAGCCAUGGAUGAAGAUCUCGGCCUUUCUAGCGUCAGCACGGAUGUAGUGGUGGAUAUCGAUACAUUGAAGAUUUAUCUGGAGAAGCUACUUGUGCUUCUUCUUGGUGCUGAACAGGUGGACCUUGAUUCGUCUCUGUUCUCGUUCCCUGAUGCAACAGAGCGACUGCGCCGAUUUGCAAGCGACCCGCAGACUCCUGCGUUGUAUAUACUCAAGGAGACUGACUCCAGUGCCGAUACCUCCAAUUCGACUCAGGUUUUUUCUUACUCGGUCAGCCAUGAGCUCACUUAUCAUGCCAAUCAUGUUGGCUCCGUAGCCCUGAUCAAGCGUGGCCCAACCAUUGAUACCUCUCGACCCUUACAAACCCAGGUUCAAUUCAUCAACUUACCUGGUCCCGCUGCCAACGACUCGGGCCUCACCCUGUCCAACCCAUAUGAGGCUUUACACUCUUACAUCCAUUAUGCCGUCAGUCCUUACUUCAAUGCCUAUGUUAAUACAAAGGGAGGUGCAGGGAGUGCCUCUAGUAAGCGACCCGAUGAUAAGGACGGCAAAAUGGGAAUCCCAAUGGCCAAGAAGAAAAUUGCCGAGCUUGAGUUGUCGCUGCUGCAUCUACAGCAAAACGUUGAAAUUCCCGAGAUUUCCCUUAACAUUCACCAUGUUGUUCAGCAAGCUAUUGACGAGUGCCGCAGGGAGAACCGUCGUGUCACAGUCGAUGCUGUUGACUCGUCUUAUUUCUCCGAUCAUACUUUUUUGAAUAGACUGCAGAGCGAUGUGAAUGGAUGGGUCAAGGAGAUUCAAAAGGUUACCAAAAUUAAAAGAGACCCUGCAUCAGGAACUGCCAUUCAAGAAAUCAACUUUUGGCUUAGCAUGGAAAGGGCGCUGGAGAAAAUUGACGAACAGCUAAAGAGCGACCAAAUCGUCCUUACAAUGGAUAUAUUGAGGCACGCUAAGCGCUUCCAUGCAACUACCAGUUUUAUUGCGGAUACUCAUCUAAAGGAGGCAACCGAAAAAGUCCAAAAAUACAACCAGUUGAUGAAGGAUUUUCCUUUGAAUGAGCUUCUGUCCGCAACUGAUGCCAUCAAGGUCCGAGAUUCAAUCCUGCAAAUCUUUGGGCACAUCAACAAGAAGCUAAAGCUUUCUCCAUAUCCAAUUCGACGAGCACUGCCUCUCGUGGAGUCAAUCUCGAAGGAUCUCAAUGACCAGUUGUUGCGAGUGUUAGGAAGCAGACGCUUGAUGUAUAUGGAGUAUGAAGAUUUCGAAAAGGCUACUGCAGGCGCUGUGGAAGUAUUCAAGACCUGGGAUGAAGGGAUUAAGGAAUUCACUAACGUUGCGCGCGAGGUUACUCGCAAACGAAAUGAAAAAUUCUUACCCAUCAAGAUCAAUCCCGCUCAUGCUAAGCUUCAGGAACGUAUUCUCUUCGUUCGCAACUUCAGAGAGCAGCAUCAGCAACUGCAUCAAACUAUUCUCAGGGUCAUGACUAAGCCUACUGGUCUCAAUGCCAAAUCUUCGCUUGAGAGUGAGGAAACUGAGAGCAUAAGUCUCAGUGAUGUGAACGCGGUCGAGGAAGUUAAGCUUGCAUACGAAAGCGUCAAAAAUGUUGAUGUUCUUGAUGUAUCCCCUGAAGGGACUGAUAUUUGGGUCAAUGCCGAAGUUUCUUAUAAUGAGCGUGUCGCCAGAGUCGAGAAUCAGAUUAUUGCUAGUCUUCGUGACAGACUUGGUAUCGCCAAAAACGCUAACGAGAUGUUCCGAGUUUUCUCGAAAUUCAAUGCUCUUUUUGUUCGCCCUAAGAUUCGUGGCGCAAUUCAGGAGUAUCAGACACAGCUUAUUGAUAAAGUCAAGGAUGAUAUUAAGAGACUGCAUGAUAAAUUCAAGAUGCAAUAUCGCCAUUCAGAUGCUUACCACAUGUCUCAGUUGCGCGAUUUACCACCAAUCUCCGGUCAUAUCAUCUGGGCGCGUCAGAUCGAACGUCAACUCUCGACAUAUAUGAAACGUGUAGAGGAUGUCCUCGGCAAGGGAUGGGAGCUGUAUGCAGAGGGUCAGAAACUGCAGAGCGAAAGUAGCAGCUUCAGGAAGAAGCUGGAUACCAAACCAAUUUAUGAUAAUUGGUUUUCAGAAAUUACCCGUCGUGAACUCGCUGUGUCCGGUCCACUUUUUGAGAUCACCCGUAAUCGUGCACAAGGAAAUGUUUUGCAACUCGGUGUAAACUUCGACGCACAGAUCAUUACUCUCUUCAAGGAGGUCCGCAACCUUCUCUGGCUUAAAUAUCAAGUACCACAUAAUGUCAGCAUCAUCGCCAAGGAUGCCAAGAAGGUUUAUCCGAUUGCUGUAAGCCUGAUGGAAACCAUUCGAACAUACAGCCAGAUGGUCAGCAAAGUCCAACGUCAUGCAGAGAUCGCCACACUUGUCGCGGGAUACAGAAACGAUGCUCAAAAGAUGGUGUCUAAGGGUGUCAACCUUCGUUGGGAACACUUUGCAAACACUUAUGGUGGCUCAGCGGCUUACAUCACUGGCAGUAAUCUGAUGGAAGUACAGCAUAACCGACAUCUUAUGUUUGUACGCGAAUUUGCAUCGGUUGUCUCAAUUUUUCAGGAUAAAGUGGACUCCCUGAUAUCAAUUUACGAUGAUAUCAUGAAGUUGGUUAACGAACUCCCAAUCUGUUCAUACGUUCAUACGAGUUUUGCCAGUGUUAUCAAUCGUAUUCAAAAGUUGAUUGAUCGCCUCAACUUGGAGUCAUACUCGAAUUUGGAUCAAUGGGUUGCUCAACUUGAUUCGAAGGUCGAAACCUUACUUGUAGGGCGUUUGCAGCAGGCAAUUAAAUUAUGGGUGCAAGAAUACCAGCGAGAUGAUCUUGAGGAGGGAUUGGCUGAUUCUAGAGAUAUGAACACUCAUGGCAAAAACAAGAAGCGUCGUUCAAACCGGGAGUCCGAGCGGGCUAGUGUUGUUACAAAGGCUAACGAUGUUAAACCUGCGCUCAAACUUUUGGUGCAUGAGAUUCAUAUCAAGAACCAAGUCAUGUAUCUUGAUCCUCCAGUGGAGCAGGCCCGUGCCAGCUGGUACAGUCAACUUCACGAUUGGCUAUCAGUUGUUUGUAACUUGACCCGCAUCCAAAGCUCUAGAUACGAGAUUGGAUUGGUGGUUCAGGAAAAAGUUGAAGACUUGACGUACGCUGAUUUGCUUACCAAAAUCCCGGAUGAUUCUUUGGCCAAAGCGUAUGAGAUCAUUGAACAGAAGGUUACACAGGUCAAAGAAUACGUAGAUAUUUGGUUGCAGUACCAGUCGCUUUGGGACUUGGAAUCCCAAUAUAUCUUCACACUUCUCGGUGAAGACCUAGCCAAAUGGCAGCAGCUGUUGCUUGAGAUCAAGAAGGCGCGCACCACGUUCGAUAACUCUGAGACAGAGCAAUCCUUUGGUCCCGUUGUAAUUGACUAUGAACAAGUUCAGUCCAAGGUGAACGCCAAGUAUGAUUCCUGGCAACGUGAAGUCCUUAACCGUUUCGGCACCAUGUUAGGCACGUCCAUGAAGGAGUUCCAUAGCGCUGUCUUCAAGGCACGCAAUGAUCUCGAGCUUCACUCAGUUGAUACCAAUUCAACAGGCGAAACUGUUACUUUCAUUACAUUUGUACAGGACCUCAAGCGUAAGGUUACCAAGUGGGAACAUGAUGUUGAGCUCUUCCGUCAAGGUCAGAAGACACUUGAGCGUCAGCGCUAUCAGUUCCCGAACGAUUGGGUGUACUGUGAUCAAGUUGAUGGAGAAUGGAGCGCUUUCAACGAGAUCCUAAGCCGCAAGAAUAAUGCCAUCCAGGAACAGAUUGCAGGUUUGCAGAUGAAGAUUGUGACAGAAGACAAACUAGUUGAGCAAAAGAUCUCAGAGAUCCUGCAAGAUUGGGAAAAGAACAAGCCUGUGCUAGGGAACAUCAAGCCGGAUAUUGCCACUAACACCCUCAAUAUCUUCGAAGGCCGUGUUACAAGGAUUAAAGAAGAAUUCGACAUGGUUCGUCGUGCAAAAGAAGCACUUGAUUUGGCUCAUUCUACAGAUGAUCGCCUUGAACCUGUCUUGGAGGAACUUCGUGACCUUAAAUCUGUCUGGAAUUCAUUGGCCAAGAUUUGGCAGUCUAUCAAUGAAAUCAGGGACAUGCUCUGGUCGACGGUUGUCCCUCGUAAGAUCAGAACUCAAUUGGAUAAUUUGACCAACUCGACAAAAGAUAUGCCCAAUCGUAUGCGUCAGUAUGCAGCUUUCGAAUAUGUUCAAGAAGUUCUCCGCAUGUAUCUUAAGGUGAAUCCGCUUUUGACCGACCUUAAGUCUGAGGCUCUCCGCGAACGCCACUGGCGUCAGUUAUUCAAGGCCUUACGGGUCGAGGGGCGUUGGACUCUGUCAGAGAUGACUGUUGGUAAUAUUUGGGAUCUUGAUCUCAAGCGUAACGAAACUCUUAUUCGCGACAUUAUUGUAGUUGCACAAGGAGAAAUGGCUCUUGAAGAGUUCUUGAAGCAGGUUCGCGAGACUUGGUCUAAUUACGCAUUGGAUCUGGUUAAUUACCAAAACAAAUGCCGACUCAUCCGCGGGUGGGACGAUUUAUUUGCUAAAUGCAGUGAGAAUCUCAACUUCUUGUCCGCCAUGAAAUUAUCACCAUACUACAAAGUCUUUGAGGAAGAAGCUGGUGGAUGGGAGGAAAAGCUGAACCGAAUUCAUGUCCUUUUUGAUGUUUGGAUUGAUGUACAACGUCAAUGGGUUUACUUAGAGGGAAUCUUCACUGGAAGCCAUGAUAUCAAACAUUUACUCCCAGUGGAGACCUCACGCUUCCAGAAUAUCAACUCGGAGUUCUUGACAGUCAUGAAGAAGGUCUAUAAGUCGCCUUUUGUUCUGGAUGUCCUUAACAUUGCCAACAUUCAAAAGUCACUUGAGCGUUUGGCUGACCUUCUCGGCAAGAUUCAGAAGGCUUUGGGAGAAUACUUGGAGAGAGAGCGUUCGUCAUUCCCACGCUUCUACUUUGUGGGAGAUGAAGAUCUUCUUGAGAUUAUCGGAAACAGCAAAGAUGUCGUUCGCAUCCAGAAGCACUUCAAGAAGAUGUUUGCUGGCAUUAGCAGUAUUAUCCUUAGUGAAGACGUUACCACUGUCCUGGGAAUGUCAUCUAAAGAGGGCGAGAAUGUGAUGUUUAAGACACCAGUUUCAAUCAAGGACAAUCCAAGGAUCAAUGACUGGCUCACACUUGUAGAAAAAGAGAUGCGCAUGUCGUUGGCCAAGAUCCUUGCUGAGUCUGUACAGGAAAUGAAUAUCUUCUUCCUUGCAGAAACGCUUGAUCCGGCUGCAUUCUUGAGCUGGAUCGAUAAGGUUCCUGACCAACUAGUUGUUCUUACCUCCCAAAUUACUUGGACCUCUACUGUUGAGCGAGCUCUUUCCAUGAUGGAAACUGAUGGCUUUUCAGAAAAGCCAAUGCAGCACGCCUUGGAUUAUGUGGAGCGUGCCCUCAACGUUCUCGCUGAUACUGUCCUACAGGAUCUUGCGCCCAUUCAGCGUAAAAAGUGCGAGCAUCUGAUCACCGAUCUCGUUCACCAGCGUGAUGUGAUUCGUGCCCUAAUUCGCAGCAAGAUCUCUUCUACAAAGAAUUUUUCUUGGUUGUCCCAGAUGCGAUUCUACUUCAAUGCUAGCCACGAAGAUCCUCUACAGUGCUUGACCAUCAAUAUGGCUAACGCCUCAUUCCUCUAUGGUUAUGAGUACUUCGGUGUAACUGAACGUCUGGUCCAAACGCCAUUGACAGAUCGUUGUUACCUUACUCUUACACAGGCCUUAGAGGCACGUCUCGGUGGUUCGCCCUUCGGACCCGCGGGUACUGGUAAGACAGAAUCCGUCAAAGCCCUGGGAAUCCAGCUUGGUCGCUUUGUCCUUGUCUUCUGCUGUGAUGAGAACUUUGAUUUCCAGGCUAUGGGUCGUAUUUUUAUUGGUUUGUCUCAGGUUGGUGCUUGGGGAUGUUUCGACGAGUUCAACCGCCUGGAGGAGAGAAUUUUAUCUGCUGUUUCACAGCAAGUGCAGACUAUUCAAUUGGGAUUGAAGGAGGCCAAGACUAACCCAAACCACGAGAUUGAAUUGGUCGGCAAGAACGUGCGUGUCAACACAAACACGGGCAUUUUCAUCACCAUGAAUCCAGGAUAUGCUGGUCGUUCCAACUUGCCAGACAAUCUCAAGAAGCUCUUCCGCAGUAUUGCUAUGACGAAGCCCGACAGAGAGCUUAUUGCUCAAGUUAUGUUAUCGUCGCAGGGUUUCCGCACAGCUGAGACUCUUGCGUCCAAGGUCAUUCCAUUGUUCAACUUGUGCGAUGCAAAGCUUUCUCCUCAGUCACACUAUGAUUUUGGUCUUCGUGCUCUCAAGAGUGUUUUGGUCAGUGCUGGUAACAUGAAGCGUGAUCGUUUACAGGAGCUCCGUUCCAGUAAUCCUGAGAAUCUUGUUGCUGAGAUUGAGCGCAUUUCAGAGAGUAUCCCUGAACAGGAGAUUUUAAUACAGAGUAUUCGCGAAACUGUGGUGCCUAAAUUGGUCGCGGAAGAUAUUCAUGUCUUGAUGGGUCUUCUCAAGGACGUGUUCCCCGGAGUCGAAUAUAAUCCUGUUAGCUUGCAGCCUCUCCGCAAAGCUAUCAAUGACAUUUGUGAUAAGCGCCGUCUAGUUGUGGGUGAUCUUUGGAUGGAAAAGAUUCUUCAGUUGUACCAAAUUCAACGUAUCCACCAUGGUUUGAUGAUGGUUGGCCCUUCAGGAAGUGGCAAAUCAAAUGCUUGGCAGGUCCUGCUCGCUGCUUUGGAAGUUGUAGAGGGCGUCGAAGGCCAAUCGUAUGUAAUUGAUCCCAAGGCAAUGUCUAAGGAUGCUCUUUACGGUGUACUGGAUCCUACGACUAGAGAAUGGACAGACGGACUUUUCACUAACAUUCUUCGCAAGAUUGUUGACAACGUCCGUGGUGAAAGCGCGAAGCGUCACUGGAUUAUUUUUGAUGGUGAUGUUGACCCAGAAUGGGUCGAGAAUUUGAACAGUGUAUUGGAUGAUAACAGGCUGCUAACGCUUCCCAAUGGUGAGCGUUUGAGCUUGCCUCCCAAUGUCCGCAUUAUGUUUGAGGUCGAGACAUUGAAAUAUGCCACGCUUGCUACGGUCAGUCGCUGCGGCAUGGUCUGGUAUAGUAGCGAUGUCAUCGAUCGCUCCAUGGUUUUCUCUAACUAUUUUGCAACACUCCGGAGCGUGCCACUGGAUGAAGCUGAUGAGGAGUUUACUACACGUCGUGUCGAAACGGAAGAGAACCGUGCGGUGUCACCAAUUCUUCUCACUCAGCAGGCCUGCGCCAGUAUUCUUGAGCCUCAUUUUGCCGCGGAUGGUCUUGUUUCUCAGGCUCUGGACUAUGCCAGUACAUUAGAUCACAUCAUGGACUUCACAAUGAUGCGUGUUCUUGGAACCCUUUUCUCACUCGUUAACAAGAGUGUUCGUAAUGUAAUUCAAUAUAACAAUCAGCAUACUGACUUCCCUAUGGGCCCUGAACAGCUCGACAACUACAUGUCCAAGCGCCUUGUCUACGCAACCAUUUGGAGUUUCUCAGGAGAUGCUAAACUGGAGCUCCGCGCCCGUCUCGGAGAUUUCGUUCGAGGCGUCACCACGAUCGACUUGCCACAGAUACCUAACACAUCUAUCAUUGAUUUUGAUAUUAAUAUUAAUACUGGUGAAUGGAUUCCAUGGCAGUCCAAGGUCCCUGUUGUGGAGAUUGAGACACACACUGUAGCUGAGGCUGAUGUGGUUAUUCCAACAGUAGAUACCGUCCGCCACGAGGAGGUCCUUUACUCAUGGCUUUCAGAGCACAAGCCUCUAAUCCUGUGUGGUCCUCCAGGCUCUGGAAAGACCAUGACUUUAUUCAGUGCAUUACGCAAGUUGCCAGAGAUGGAGGUUGUCGGUCUCAAUUUUUCCAGCGCUACCACGCCUGAAUUGAUUCUUAAGACUCUUGAGCAGUACUGUGAGUAUCGCAAGACACCAAACGGCGUCCUACUUUCACCCGUGCUUCUAGGCCGCUGGCUUGUGGUCUUUUGCGACGAGAUUAACUUACCAUCUACCGACAAGUAUGGAACCCAACGUGUCAUUUCAUUUAUGCGCCAGCUGGUUGAAUGUGGUGGCUUCUGGCGAACUGCAGAUAAAUCCUGGGUCAAGUUGGAACGCAUUCAAUUUGUUGGCGCCUGUAAUCCUCCUACGGAUCCAGGUCGUAUUCCACUUAGCCAUCGUUUCCUCCGUCACGUUCCUUUGGUUAUGGUCGAUUAUCCCGGAGAGAUAUCUCUCAAGCAAAUUUACAGCACAUUCUGUCGUGCUAUGCUAAAGGUGGUGCCAUCUCUACGUGCAUAUUCCGAGCCUCUUACUGCCGCUAUGGUUGAAUUAUAUCUUUGCUCGCAAGCGCAUUUUGUCCCUGAGAUGCAGGCACACUACAUUUACAGUCCUCGUGAGUUGACUCGAUGGAUGCGUGGUAUAUUUGAGGCAAUCAAGCCAAUGGAGACGCUUAGUGUGGAGGGUUUGGUGCGCAUCUGGGCACAUGAGGCUCUUCGUUUGUUCCAGGAUCGUCUUGUGACUGAAGAGGAGCGUAGAUGGACCGAUGAUGAGAUCGACCGAAUUGCUCUCAAACACUUCCCCAGUCUUGAUCGCGAACAGGCCCUUGGACGUCCCAUUCUUUACUCGAACUGGCUUUCAAAGUACUAUGUUCCUGUGGAUCGUGAAGAACUCAGAGAUUAUGCCAAGGCUCGUCUCAGAGUCUUCUACGAGGAAGAACUGGACGUGCCUUUGGCAUUAUUUAAUGAUGUAUUGGAUCACGUCUUGCGCAUUGAUCGUGUCUUCCGUCAAAUGCAGGGUCAUAUGCUUUUGAUUGGAGUCAGUGGAAGCGGUAAAACGACUUUGUCGCGAUUUGUUGCAUGGAUGAAUGGUUUGAGUGUCUUCCAGAUCAAGGUUCAUAAUAAGUAUACAGCAGCUGACUUUGAUGAGGAUCUGAGAACUGUACUCCGGCGCGCUGGUUGCAAAGGCGAAAAGAUCUGUUUCAUUUUGGACGAGUCAAAUGUCUUGGACUCUGGAUUCUUGGAGAGAAUGAAUACGCUGCUGGCAAACGCUGAAGUUCCAGGGUUGUUCGAGGGCGAUGAAUAUGCAUCACUGAUGACUCAGUGCAAGGAAGGAGCACAGAGAGAUGGUCUGAUGUUAGAUUCGAGCGAAGAAUUGUACAAGUGGUUCACUCAACAAGUCAUGAAGAACCUGCACGUUGUGUUCACGAUGAAUCCACCUGAGGGCGGUCUUGCUUCCCGUGCAGCCACCUCACCCGCCUUGUUCAAUCGCUGUGUGCUCGAUUGGUUUGGUGACUGGUCUGAUCAGGCAUUCUUCCAAGUUGGUCAAGAAUUCACCACAAGUUUGGAUCUGGACCGACCUAACUACAUUCCUCCUCACAAGUUCCCUGUUGUGUAUCGUAACCUCCCUGAUACACCUACUCAUCGCCACGCUAUCAUCAACGCCUUUGUUUAUGUUCAUCAAUCGCUCUAUGAGGUGAAUGCCAAGCUCAGCAAGCGAAACGGAAAACGUGGUUACGUUACUCCUCGCCAUUACUUGGACUUUAUUCAUCACUAUGUCCGUUUGUAUAACGAGAAACGUGAAGAUCUUGAAGAACAACAGCGCCAUCUAAAUGUUGGCCUUGAUAAGCUCAAGGACACUGUCGUAAAAGUUGAGGAGCUUCGAAAGAGCCUUGCCAUCAAGAAGAAUGAGCUUGAAAUCAAGAAUCGACAAGCUAAUGAAAAGCUGCAGAAGAUGGUAGCUGAUCAACAAGAGGCUGAGAAGAAGAAGGCUACCUCGAUUGAGAUUCAGGCAGCAUUAGAAGCCCAGAACCGCGAGAUCACCCAGCGUACGGCUGUGGUUAUGGCAGAUUUGGCCAAUGCCGAGCCGGCUGUCAUGGAAGCUCAGAGAGCUGUCAAAGACAUCAAGAGAUCCCAAUUGACAGAGGUGCGUGCUAUGGGCAACCCUCCGGAGGUGGUCAAACUGGCCAUGGAGUCGGUCUGCACUAUGCUUGGUAACAAGUUAGAUGGCUGGAGAACAGUGCAAGGAAUCAUUCGUCGCGAGGACUUUAUUCAUAGCAUCGUGAAUUACGACACUGACCGACAGAUGACACCGGCCAUGCGAGAAAAGAUUAAAGCCGAGUAUCUUAGCCAUCCCAACUAUAACUUUGAGACCGUGAAUCACGCCAGUAAGGCCUGUGGACCUUUGGUCAAGUGGGUCAUUGCUCAGGUCAACUAUUCUCAAAUCUUGGACAAGAUCGGACCUCUUCGUGCUGAGGUUCAAGAACUUGAAGCUAGCGCACAAACAACAGAGCUGAAGGCUUCUAGCAUCGAAAAGAUGAUCCAAGAGCUAGAGAACAGUAUCGCGACCUAUAAGGAGGAAUACGCUGUCCUUAUUUCAGAAGUUGGCUUGAUCAAGAGUGAAAUGGAGCGCGUCAAGUCCAAGGUUGACCGCAGUGUGACCUUGCUUGAGUCACUUUCGUCUGAAAAAGUCCGUUGGGAAGCAGGUAGUCACUCAUUUGAUACACAGAUGGCAACUACGGUUGGAGACGUACUUUUGGCGGCUGCCUUCCUGGCCUAUGGUGGCUAUUUUGACCAGCAGUACCGUGAGCUUUUAUUCCACAAGUGGGCGGACCACCUUUCCAAGGCUGGAAUCCAGUACAAGGCGGACAUCUCACUUGCAGAAUACUUGUCGACCGCUGAUAAACGUUUGUCCUGGACUGAGCACGCUCUUCCAGCUGAUGACCUCUGUGUGGAAAACGCCAUCAUCUUGCAGCGAUUCAACAGAUAUCCACUCAUCAUUGAUCCAUCAGGCCAAGCAACUACAUUCUUGAUGAAUGAGUACAAGGAUCGCAAGAUUACAGUAACAAGCUUUUUGGAUGAUUCUUUCUUGAAGAACUUGGAGAGUGCUUUGCGUUUUGGUAAUCCUCUGUUGAUCCAGGAUGUCGAGCAUCUUGAUCCUAUCAUGAAUCCAGUACUCAAUAAGGAACUUCGUCGCACUGGAGGUCGUGUUUUGAUCCGCCUUGGCAAUCAGGACAUUGACUUUUCGCCAACAUUCACUCUAUUCCUCUCGACCAGAGAUCCAUCCGUCAACUUCCCUCCUGAUGUAUGCAGUCGUGUCUCAUUUGUCAACUUCACUGUGACAAGAGGAAGUCUCCAAAGUCAGUGCUUGAGCAAGGUACUGAAGGCUGAGCGACCUGAUGUAGACCGUCGUCGUGCUGAUCUGAUUAAGCUCCAAGGUGAAUUUAAGGUCAAACUUCGUCAUCUCGAAAAAUCAUUGCUUCAGGCACUGAACGAAUCUAAAGGAAACAUUCUGGAUGAUGACAAGGUCAUUGCAACUCUAGAAACCUUGAAACGUGAAGCCGCUGACGUGACCCGCAAAGUGGAGGAGACUGAAGGAGUCAUGCAGGAGGUUGAACAAACCACUGCCAUUUACUCACCUCUGGCACAUCAGUGCAGCUCCAUCUUUUUUGUAAUGGAACAGCUCAACCGUAUUCACCACUUUUAUCAGAUUUCACUUGACUUUUUCUCAGACAUUUUUAAUUUUGUGUUACAUGAAAAUCCUGCACUCAACGGGGUUAAGGACUAUGGGCAGCGGCUGGAUAUCCUUACUCGCGACUUGUUCAAUAUCUCGUAUACCAGAGCCAGUCUUGGACUGCUACAUGAUGAUCAUCUCACGUUUGCAAUGCUAUUGACUCAGAUCAAGGUUCGUGGAACAAAUACCCAAGCAGAUGAGGCCGAGUAUGACUUUUUAUUAAGCCCCGAAUCAAAUCCUUCGGGCGAAAUUACAGCAGAGUUCACGGAGGAACAAAGAGCUCAAAGGAUUGAGAUAUUUACAAAACUGCCGUCCUUCAAGCACAUGCCUGACCAUAUUGCUAACAACCCUGACGAUUGGACCAAGUUCUGGAAUGCCUCCAAGCCUGAAGCUCAUGUCCCAAUGUUCUGGGAGCCAUCUCCAAUUGAAGCCAUAAAUGAGUUCAAAAAGCUUUUGGUCAUCAAAUGCUUCCGCCCCGACCGAUUAUUGAUGGCGACUACCAAGUAUGUUGAUCUGGUGUUCACACCCAACUUUGUGAACCAGACUGAAUUGGAUCUAGCGAAGUUGGUCCGUGAGGAAGUCAAGGCAUCGACGCCCAUCUCGCUUUGCUCUGUCCCUGGCCAUGAUGCCGCUUACCGCGUUGACAACUUGGCACAGGAGCAAGGCGUUCGCCUGGCAUCUGUUGCUAUGGGAUCUCAGGAAGGUUUGACCUUGGCUGAUCAAGCAAUAGCAUCUGCGACUAAGACAGGUAACUGGGUCCUACUUAAGAACGUUCACCUGGCAAUCACUUGGCUUGGUCAGUUGGACAAACGUCUGCAUAGUCUCAAGGCUCAUCCGAGCUUUAGGUUAUUCUUGACUAUGGAAACGAACCCCAAGGUGCCAGUGAAUUUACUCCAGUCCCUACGCGGUAUUCCUGCUGCUCGACUUUCGAAGGGCCCGACAGAGCGUGCUCGUUUGUACUUUAUGGUCGCAUGGCUCCACGCGGUUGUGUUGGAACGUCUCCGAUAUGUUCCUUUGGGAUGGAGCAAGGCAUACGAAUUCAAUGACUCUGAUCAAGAUUGUGCAUUGAAUACUAUCGAUAACUGGUUAGAUACUGUGGGUCAAGGACGCGCGAAUGUCUCACCAGACCGUAUCCCAUGGGAUGCUAUCCGUAUGCUUUUGUCGCAGUCUGUAUAUGGUGGUCGUGUGGAUCAUGACGCGGAUCAAGUUUUGCUGGAGAGCUUUGUGAACUCGUUCUUUGGCGCAGAGUGCUAUGAUUUGAACUACAAACUUGUUGAACCGACAGAGGGAGAUGAAGCGGGGCUGGUUGCACCAGAAGGUACAAAGAUGUCACAGUUUUUGGAAUGGGUCAAUGAACUUCCGGCUCGUGAGCCGCCUACUUGGCUUCGCUUGCCUCCGACUGCGGAGCGUGUCUUGUCGACGCAUAAGGCUAUUAAGAUGGUGUCGAAGAUCAGGAAGAUUAAGAGUCUUGUGGAUGAUGACGAC